UUUGAAGGUGCAGCCGCUGUACAUGGUUAUAGAGGCUAUCAGAAGGUCUUGGUGUUUUCAUUUAACUCAGAGAGCGCAGAAGUAAUCCCCAAAAAGAGUCCGUGGUCCCAGUGUCCUAAAAUUCCGGAGUUCAGAAAGAUUCCUUAGAUCACCUUCCCAACUGCUGUGAAUAAAUCUUGAGAAGAACAAUUUUAGACAGGAUAACAGAAGAAUGUGCUUCCUCUCAGUUUACACAACGCAAAGGCUUAUCAGAAGCUGUAUCUGUGGGAAAGUGUUUUCAUUGUGACUGCCCACUUUGGAUAAAAGUAUCACGCCCAGUCCAUCCUCUGCAGUGAAACCACGCGUUCACUUGUCACGUUGCGCCAUAGGAUGUCCCGUAGCCCUGAGGUGAAAGAGGAUCCAAUGGAGUGCCCUCUCUGCAUGGAACCCCUGGAGAUUGAUGACGUUAACUUCUUUCCCUGCACCUGCGGCUACCAAAUCUGCCGUUUCUGCUGGCACCGCAUCCGCACCGAUGAAAACGGCCUCUGUCCUGCUUGCAGGAAGCCCUAUCCAGAAGACCCAGCUGUAUACAAACCUCUGUCUCAGGAAGAGCUGCAGAGGAUAAAGAACGAGAAGAAGCAGAAGCAGAACGAGCGCAAGCAGAAGAUCACAGAGAACCGCAAACACCUGGCCAGUGUGCGCGUCGUCCAGAGGAACCUGGUGUUUGUGGUGGGGCUAUCGCAGAGGCUCGCUGACCCAGAGGUCUUAAAGAGGCCAGAAUAUUUUGGAAAGUUUGGGAAGAUCCAUAAAGUGGUCAUCAAUAACAGCACUUCAUACGCUGGCUCACAGGGUCCUAGUGCUAGUGCCUAUGUCACUUAUAUUCGGUCAGAAGAUGCCCUUAGAGCUAUACAGUGUGUCAACAACGUAGUAGUAGAUGGCAGAACUCUUAAGGCCUCUUUAGGUACAACAAAGUACUGCAGUUACUUUCUAAAAAGCAUGCAGUGUCCCAAACCGGACUGCAUGUAUCUACAUGAGCUAGGUGAUGAGGCAGCCAGUUUCACAAAAGAGGAAAUGCAGGCGGGAAAGCAUCAAGAAUACGAACAGAAACUUUUACAGGAGCUCUACAAAAUGAACCCGAACUUCCUACAGACAUCCACUGGGACUGGGGAAAAGACAAAAAGCAAAUCAGGCUCUGUACAGAGUUCCAAUAAUAUCAAUAAAGAUGCUUGGCCAUCGUUACAGCCCAUGGGAAAGACGCCCAAUGGGCUUCCAGAACUCCGCAAGAGUCCGCCUCUGGAUGGAGGCUCAGACUGUGAGCACUUGACUCCUGACGGGCCAGACUCUGAGCUUAGCCUCAGACCUCUUCCAGCCCUCUCGCCUUUCUCUUCAAACUGUGAACCUGCCAGUCCCAGUGAAAAAACAACAGAAGCCAUCAGUAUAGGAAACGGAGAGACACCACAGAUUCCCUGCAGUGACUCGCCGUCGCCUCCUCCAGGUCUGCCCAAGCCGUGUCUGGUGGUGUCUGCCAACACAGCGGGUUUAACAGCACGGUCACCUUUCGAGGGGGCAGGCACCGAGUCGCAGUCACUGUUCUCUGACAACAGCAACUUCAGACACCCGAACCCCAUCCCCAGUAGCAGCAGUGUUCCUGGUUUUCCAAGCUCCACACAGAGCAAUCCAGACUGGCCCACCGCUCCUGAACCACAGAGCCUGUUUACAUCAGAUACCAUACCAGUUUCAUCCUCCACGGACUGGCAAGCGGCCUUUGGCUUUGGCUCUUCCACCAAGCAGCAGGAGGACGACCUCGGGUUUGACCCGUUCGACAUCACGAGCAAGGCGCUGGCUGACCUCAUUGAGAAGGAACUUUCAGUACAGGACAAAACUUCAUUGCCCAUGAGCCAUGUGACCCCAGCACCAGGUUUCCCUCCUCAUAUCCCCAGCUCACUUCAUAGUGCCAAGGGCCCAGUGCUGCCUCCUGCCUCAUCCACACACCUCCCCCUGAACUGUGGGCUGGCCCCGCGAGCCUUCUCCCACCACCUCCAACAUCCCCAGCUCUCCCAGCGUCCUGGCUACGCCUCAUUCGGCUUGCCCGGACACGCACAGACGCUGGCAUCUCGCCAUAGCUGGCUGACCAUGACAGCACGUGCCAAUCUGCCACACCUGAACCACACCACACAACAUAACAGCAGCUUCUUGGACUUGAGUUUGCCACCGCAGCAACAGCAGCAGCAGCAUAGUACAGGUCUAGGAGGAAUCCCCAUUACAGAAAACGGCAAUUCAGUAGAGAGCAUAAAUGUCAAAGAAUGGCAAGAUGGCCUUCGAGCUCUUUUACCCAACAUCAACAUCAAUUUCGGUGGCUUGCCCAACUCCUCGUCCUCAUCUUCAUCCUCGUCCUCUUCAUCAUCCUCGUCCGGCGUGAACCACACAGGGGGCAUGACGCACAGCCUGAGCUGGGAUGGCACGGCCAGCUGGAUGGACCCCGCAAUCAUCACAGGUGUCCCAGCGUCCUCGGCUAACUGUCUGGACUCUCUUCAGGAUGACAGUCCUCCACAUUGGCUAAAAUCCCUGCAGGCGCUGACAGAGAUGGACGUACCCUCUGGCUCCACAGUACCCCCUCAGCCCUCACACAGUACACCCUUUAGUACCCAGAUGUCUCUCCACAGAGCCAGUUGGGCACCCUACCUUCCCCCAGGCACUGCCAGUGCUGCCGGCCAGUUCCACUCUCCCCCACCAGGCUUCCAGACAGCAUUCAGAGCCUCGGCUCAGCCCCCCACAGACCUGCUGCAGAGUGCCGGACUGGACCGCCAUUAGGGACUGGGACACGAACACCCCCUUCCUUUACUCUGAGAAAACCCAAUACACAGCAAGAUGAAUAAAUAUGAAAUUACAGACCUGUUAAAGUAAUUAUGAGAUUAUGUAUUCUUUUUUUUUUUUUUCCUUCCACUUCUUGGUCUUUUGAGCUCAUUUUAACUCUCGGUUUCACGUUUACUAUUUGGUUCAUGUUGCCCAAGUGCUCUUAUUCCAGCACAAAAAGGAAGUUCUUGAACAAAGCUUUGUUGAAAGUUGAGUAAGGAAUUUGGUGAUGAUGAAGCUCAUGUUUAUGUGGAAAUCAUGGAAGUAAACUGAUUAUUGAAGUAGAGAAUAUUCCAUUGAAACAGUAGUGUGUCGAUCAAAUCUGCCUUUAUAUCUGUACCAAAUAAUUACCCCUUCUCUGUCUGUGUACACAGUCGAGGCCCUUUCCUCUCACCUCUUAAGGUUGACAUUUCGAAGAAACGAAACAAGGAGCCAACAGAGUUGGAUUUGUUUUCAUUUUUGCAUUGUUUGAGCUUUCAAGGAAGUUUGAAAGUAAAGGCUGAACGGAGAAAUCUGUGCUCCGCUCCCCCCAUUGAAAGUUGAGCUUUUAAAGGAACAGUCCACCAUACUUCCAUAAUGAAAUAUGCUC